CUUCUAGUAAAUGCUUCUGGUAGACGAAGACAUUCCCCGCUUCUCGCCAUCGUUACUAGAAAAUGAAGAUACGUUUGAAUAUAUUUUCAAUUUUAUAAUUUCAAAUUUUGAUAUAAUAUGAAAAUUUAAUGUUGUAUAAUAAAAGGAUAUUUUACCUUUGUAAAGAGCAGUGUACUAAAGAUGUGGCUGUAUGGGUGUUUCCAAAACCGUUAAAAAAAAUCAAAAGAGACAUACGUUUUUGUCACAUAAUGUGUCAAAUGUCUUUCAUUGAAUUUCAAUUCUAAUAACAGAAUAAUGAGGUGUAAUAUCGGGUAAGAGUUUAUUAUAUAGUAAUGGUUUCAUUUGUAAAUUACUAACGUUAUAAUGUAUAAACUUGGCUAAUUUACAAAAGUGUGCGAAAUGUGCAGCUAAGCUAUUUGAAAAGAAGAAGAAAAGUUUACAAAAACAAAACAAUUAUAUAUAAUUUUAACACAAGUAUCAAAAGCACAUUUUAUUAAAAAUAUUUAGUCUGCAUGAACAAAAAGAUUUAAUUACGUACCACCACUAAGGUUUAGAUAGAAUUUAAAUAGACUGAAAUACAAUUUAUUAUAACAUUGAAAAAUGGCAACAUCAAAUGUAGUGAUUCCUGCAAAUUCAUUAGAAUUUGAAAAGUUAUGUGAUUUGUUUGAGAAACUUUUCAAAACCAAAAAAAAUAAGAAGAAAUACCAAAAUUCUGGUAAAAAACAGGAGCAAUAUGAAAUUUUAGAAAAUUUUAUCAACCAUUUUAAAGUAUGUGUAGCUUCUAUUCAAGGACAAAAGAAUGGAACUAUUUUUCCAGUUCUAAGACUUCUACUACCAGACUGUGACAGAGAUAGGGGUCCUUAUAACCUAAAAGAAAAAAACUUGGGUGUUUUAUUAGUCAAGGUUCUAUCUCUUAGCAAACAGUCUGGUACAGCUAAGAAGCUUUUGAAUUUUAAGUCAGUAGAUAGCUCUCAAGAUAGUGACUUUGCUGGAGUAGCAUACUUUGCUCUAAAAAGUUAUAUUCAUACAAAAAAUAGUAUAGUGACAAUUGGUAUUAUUAAUGAAAUCCUAGACAAAAUAGCAAAUGCAGAAGUAGGCAAGAAAGGAUCUAUAUUAGAUGACACUUUUGUUUAUGCAUUGAAAAAUUUAACAGCAGAACAAUUUAAAUGGUUUCUGAGAAUUAUAUUGAAAGAUCUAAAACUUGGGAUUGGAUCAAAUCGUAUCUUAGCUGCAUUCCAUCCAGAUGCUCCUGAAUGUUUUAAAAAUUGUGGUAGUCUCUCCAAGGUGUGUGAUGAGCUUGAGGAUGGUGAUACUCGUCCACUAGAAUUGGGCAUCAAAGUAUUUUAUGCCAUCAGUCCAAUGCUAUCUGAGCGACUUGACGUAACACAACUCGAACAACAUAUCUCUUUUGAUAAAACUUAUAUCGUUGAAAAUAAAUUUGAUGGUGAAAGAUUUCAGGUACACAUGGAAAAUGGGGUCUUCGAAUAUUAUUCCAGAAAAGGUCACAAAUACUCUGAUAACUAUGGAAAAACAUAUGACUCUGGAUCACUGACACCCCUCUUAAAAGGUUGUUUCAAUUCUGAAGUAACAAGUUUUAUAUUGGAUGGAGAGAUGAUGGGCUGGCAUAAAGUAAAUGAGCAUUUCAGUUGUAAAGGUAUGGCAUUUGAUGUAAAAAAAAUUACGAGUUAUUCAAGUUACCGUCCCUGUUUCUGUGCAUUCGAUGUGUUGUUCUAUAAUGGCCGACAUCUCAUUGGCUCGCAAGAAAAAGGCGGCAUAUCAUUAAAAGAAAGAUUAAAAAUAUUGGACUCGUUAUUUAGUAAUGUGACUGGAGUAAUACAAAACAGUGUAAGGGAAACCGUUAAAAAUAGUAAAGAUAUAUUAGAUAAACUCAAUCAAGCUAUAGAAAAUGAAGAAGAAGGAAUUGUUUUAAAAGAUGUGGAAUCCUACUAUAUACCAAGUCGAAGAAACGCCGGCUGGUAUAAAAUUAAACCAGAGUACACUGAAAGCACAAUGACAGACCUAGAUCUGGUUAUAAUAGGAGCCGAUGAGGCCGCAAAUAAAAAACACGGUCGAGCUAGAUCUUUCUAUGUUGCUUGCGUCGAUAAAUCUACACCGGGUGAACCGAACUCUAGUACACGUUGGCUUUGCGUCGGUCGUGUCGUAACAGGACUCUCUCACGCGGAACGCGAAUCUUUGUGCACUGUAUUAGAGAAAUAUUGGACACCUACACGAAUUAUGCCAGCACCACCACAACUAGUCUUUAACAAGGAAAAACCAGAUUUUUGGAUAUUGCCUGAACAUUCGACUGUUUUACAGGUCCGCGCGACAGAAUUGAUACGCAGUGUUAGCUACGGUACAGAGUACACUCUGCGUUUCCCCCGCGUAGAGCGCAUACGCAACGACAAACCUGUUGAUGACGUCAUAACACUCGACUACUUCGACGGACUCACGCCGGUUAAAGACCCAGUAAAAAAACUAAGCUCAAAGCUGGUUAGUUCAGAAUUAAUGGGUACUGCUACCCAAAAAAUAAGAGGAAAACGACGAGCUAAAGAAAUUCAAGUAGCAGAGCAAUUCCGUACUACUAUUGCUGAUCCUGUCGAAGUAACAUCAAAGGCAUUACAGGGCAGAAAAAUAUGUAUACUAUCAGAUAAUGAACUGUGUAGCAGAUCAGAAUUAUUGAAAAUAGUAAAAAGGCACAGCGGUAUUGCCGUAUCUAAUGUUGGACCAGACACAUGGUGUGCAGUAGUUGGUAAAAUCAAUAAACGCGAAAGGGCAAUAAUCGAGUCACAGAUAUACGAUGUGGUCAGCUGUGUUUGGCUUAUCAACUUACCGUCUUCCGAGUCUCCUUGCACUAUUACACCAUUAGAUAUGCUCGCCAUGAAGAAGACGACGCGAGAACUCCUUUGUAGGGAAUAUGACGAGUUUGGCGAUUGUUACACCACAGAUAUUAACGAAGAGACAUUAAAAAAGAUAUUCGCAAGAAUCGAUGAGCGUGAACAAAACAUAUACCUUACGAAACAGGAGAUGUUAAAUAUUGACCAUGAAUUGUUUGGAGCAAUCAAUCCGUAUUCUUUUCUACGACCAUGUUGUAUUCACGUAUAUAACAAUAACAAGUUUGAUGCUAUUAAAGCAAAAAUGUUCGGUGCCACAUUAUGUGAAGUUAAUUCAUCAAGCCUUACUCAUAUUAUCAUAUCUAAAUCAACAAACAGUGACGAGAUUAUUGAACUAAAAAAAGGAAAACAUGCUCUUAUAGUGUCCGAAGAAUGGUUAGAUGAGUGUUAUCAUAAGAAAAUUUCACAACAGUUGCCAGUAGUAUACAUAGAAGUCUUAGGGUGUGGGUUUCAGGGCCGUGCUUAG